AUGCAUGCUAGUCAGAAAUUUCAAGGUGCUAAACCACCUCGCAUUCCAACUCGAUCUGGUAUUGUUCAACAACCAACACAAGUUGCACCAAUUAAACGAUUAGCAAAUAAUACACCAGUAACAAAAACAAGAGCCUCAACUAUGGUCAAAUCACAAUCUGCAUACAAUAUACCAAGAGCAUCGACUGUAACAGUCACUGCUCCAGUUGUAUCACAAAUGAAAAAAUCAAUUAGUGAACAAGAUCUUGUUAAUGUUGUACCUCGAACACAAAAAUCUCGAUUUGGCUUUGUUAAAAAACCUGCCGAAUUAGCCGGUUUGACUUUUAACUUCUAUCAAUCAUUUCUAUUUUAUAGUUUUUUAGCUGUUCGAGAAGAUCCACCACAUGUCUCACCAGUAAAACCUGUUGCUUCAUCACGUAUUAGUGGUGCUUGGAAAAAAAAUGGUGAUGAUUUAGUUGAUGAACGUGAUCGACGUGAACUUAUUCUUGCUGAAAAUGAACUUCUACAAAUAGUCUUUACUAAUCAAUUAUUUAAUGAAAUUGUUCAAUCAAAUCGACAAUUGCAAACAGCUCGUUUUGGUAAAUUACAUCGUGCUGCAUAUCGAAUAAUUAAUGAUAUUAAUAAUUUACAAGAAACAAGAAAAAAAGCUGUUGUAGAUAAAAUCGUUGGAAAUAUUAUUAAAACAUUAGGUGAAACAUUAAGUAAAAUUGUUCGUUUAUUUAAUGAUUAUGAUCAAAAACAACAAACACUUGAUAUUUGUCUUUCAAAUAAACUCGAUCGACUUAAUAUUCAAUCUGUAGUGAAUGAUGUAACAGAUGAAAAUAAAGAAAAUUGGAAUCGUACAUGUGAUCAUCUUCUUGAAUUAAUUGAAGCAAAUGAAUUAGCACAAAUGAAUACAAUGGAUUUAGAAACUUAUUCAAAAUUAAUACAUGAACUUGACUCAACUAUUGAUUCAUAUAAACAUACCAUUGCAAAUCAUAAACAUGUAGUAUCCUCAAGUGAAAAAGCUAUGUUACAAGUGUGUGUUCGUCUUAUUGAUCAAUAUAACAAAAACAAAAAAUGA